AUCAGUUAGCGGUGAGAAACGUCGACGACAACACGUGCUGGGUCGUAGCUCUCGGUUGCAUGACAGUGAGUGUGGCAGUGUCUGGACGAGGAUUUGGUGGGUGGCUAACGAGGCCGAAACGACGCUCGCAAACGGUCCGGGGAAGAAGGAUGUGAUCCGAAACCGGUCUGUCCCCAACGAAAGUGAACUCGUGUGCCUUAAUAUCCCAUUGCAGUGUAAAACAGUGCUUGUCAACGGCUCAUCUCUCUCCAUCCUCGAGAACACAAAACGUCGACAUGAAGGUGUGGCUAGCGCUCCUGGUGGUCGUGGCAACAGCCUCAGUGGUACAGGCGCAAUUCAGAUUCCCCUUGCCCUCGCCUCCUAGAAUUCUCUUCGGCGGCUUCAGACCCUUGUUCUCCAGGCCUCGACCUCGGCCACGCCCCCGUCCUCCUGUGCUUGUCCCAGCGAAUCAGUUCCUCCAGCAGCAGCAGAGAUUUCGUCUUUGCCUUGGGAGAAAUGGGAGAUUGCAUCGUUGUCACAGAUUUAGGACGGAGAACCAGAUAGCGCCACCUCCGCCGCCGCCACCUCAGCAAGUCUUCAGGCCUCAGCCACAGCCACUACCACAGCCACAGUCCUCUAUCGUUUUUGCACCUCCACCAGUCUCUAGACCAACUCCACCACCUCCACCACCACCAGCACCGCCAGCACCACCAGCACCACAGUUCAUCCCACCAAGUCCCCCCAGCAACUCCGUGCAGUUCCGGCCUCCACCACCACCACCAUCUCCGUCUCCAAUCAAUGAUGGCAGGAACUUUGGAUCUCCCAAGCCUGAUUCCCUCCUUCUGCAGCCCCCACCACAAACCUUCAGACCAUCACAACCUGCAACUCAGCCACAGACAGUGCAAGCAUUCCCUGCACCAAUAUCUGGUCCAAAUUCAAACAAUAUCAUUGGAAUGACCCCACCUCCCCCACCAGCACCACAAGCUCUUCCUGCACCUCCCGCACCUGCAGCACCCCGUCCAACCCCAGCUAGACCUCCACCAGCACCCAUUGCUCCCCCACCUACCACACCACAACCUGUAACUGCACGACCAGUGAUACCUAUUGCUCCUGUGUCAAACUCUUUAGACAACCUUUUGGUAAAUCCUGUUCCAUCUGUAAAUGCUGGAGUCCUGCCUCUUGCCAAUGAGCAGCCAUCAGAGGACCAAAAGUUCCCUCCUUUCGUCUAAGCAUUUCUAAGUGAUUCAUUUGUACCAUAUUUAAUGCACCUUUUAUUUUAUAAGUUGACUAUCAUUCUUGAAAAAAUACCAAGCUCAGCUUUUGUAAAAUAUCACAUUUCCCUUACAAAUUUGUGUUACAUACAUUUAGUGUAAUGAACAUAAUUAUUGUAUUUGAUCAUUGUAAAUUGUUAAGGCACCAUAUGCCUGUAUAUUCUAUGCCUCACAGCAAUAUUCCUUGUGCCACUUAAUAGCAUAUUGCCGAAGAUAAAUCUAUGUCAUGAUACUACAUUAUUUAAGCUAAACUGCUUUGCCUUAUCAACUGUAGUUUACUUAACGACUUGUCACAGUGUAUAUGUUUUAGUGUACCUUGUAUUUCAGGAAUUAAGUUAACAAGAUAGAUUUUCAUAAAGUCAUGCAGCCCUUUUACUAUUUUUGCUUGCUAGCAAUUGUGAAAACUUCAUACUGAAAUAUAUCAACAGGUUUAUCUAUGAUUCCAUAUGCCAUAGUUCCUAUUCUAUAAUUUUAUAGUUUAAAAUUGUAAUUUUCAUAAAUCCUGUGUCUAUAAAUUUUGCUUCAAUAAUACUUCAUUGUUUUGUACUUUGUCAAGGAUCUUAUUUUCAUGAAAGCACAGCUCCAUAGUAAUAUAAAGAAAAUUUUGCAGCAUACUUACCACUUACCCUUGCUAACUGGUAUAAGAAAUACUUCAUUAUCAUGCUAAGAGUAUGUAGCCAAAGUAUCAUGAACUUCUGAAGGUACUGUAAUUGUAAAUAUGCCAUUAAAGAGAACUGAAACUUUAAAUAAGAAUCUGUCAUAAUACACUUAUCUUAAGUUUGUACAUAUUACAUAUACACUGCAGUUUGGUUUGGUUAUAAUCUUGCCAUAUGAAGACGAGGUUUUGGUGCUUUUAUGCUUUGCUCAUGCAGGGACAAAGGAGGCAGAAUGAGGCAUGUAUCUCAAAGAAUAAGUUUUAAAAUCCUGUAUGGAGAAGUUAAAACGUAAAAUUUGUGUAUGCCAUUGAUUCUUUUUGGAAUCUAUAUGCAAAUUAUUUCCUGAGUUCAGGUGGCCUAAUGAGUGGCUCUUGGGAUAUACAGAUGCUAAGAAAUUAGUAUUUUGUGGUGAAGUGACAUGAAUACUGUGACAACAGACUUGAAAGGUAAAGCCGGAUUGUACUGUAAUACAAAUAAUAUUCAAGCUGUUAAGAAUUAGAAAAGGAUGUACACCAAAUGUCAAAAAAAAAUCAUUCCAGAGUAAACAUGAGUAUCUGAAUAUAUUUGAUAAUGCACUUGGUCACAUAUAUAUUCAUUGUGUCUCUUUACACUUUUUAUCCUAAUGGCACUUAGUAUCCUUUCAUCAUUUUUCUCUAUUUCUUACUAUGAACAAAGCAGUUUAAUAUGACAAACAUUUAAAGGAAAAGGAAACCUUAUCAGAAAGGUAAAAUUGACGUUACUCUCUCAAUUAUGCAACUUGAUCUUAGUCCCAACAUAGAUCUUAAAUGUUGGCAUCUUAAGUCAUUUUGCUAUCACAACUUAGAAUCCCAUCUCAUAUAUCCCAUGUCAUGUUUAUAUAAUGUGUAUGUAUCUUGAUGAUAUGUAUAUCUAUUGUGAUGUUUAUACUUUAAAGGAAAAUGUUACAUACAUUAAUACAAAUAAAACAAUAAUGUUUGAUA